UUUUGCAAACGUCAACUUUGAACAAAAUGGAGACCAUGCAUGAAUUUGUCCCAUUUGUGAAGGAGAUGCUGAGUGCAGGACCCUCGAAGGGCUCCAUGAAGGUGUACCUGGUGGGUGGCACCUUUGCAGUUCUGGGGAUAGUCAGUGGGAUGAUGGAGGUCGCCUGUUCACUCUUCCCUGAUCAGGAAGAGCCUGUGCUAGAGAAACUGAUGGAAGAGAAGAUCACAGUGACAGAGCAGACCCAAGAGGCACAGACAACUAUUCCCGAGCCGGAUGACAUGGAUGCGGAGACAGAGGCCAAGGCUAAGGAACUGCCCAUGCUCAGGCAGCGGCGUAUGAGCUUCAGAGCACACGCCUCAUAAAUAACCCACAUUCCACCGCAACAUGUACUUAGCUGGGAAAAAAAAGUCACAUUGAGUGUUCUGCCUUUGCACUGAGGUACUAUGCAAGCCUGACAGAGAGGAAAACGGAAAGUGUCUGUUGGGAUCAAAUGCUGCUGAGCAGCGAAUGUUGGCAAGUUUUGGGGGUCUCAUGUUAUAAAAUGUUAUGUGUUAGAUGAUGUAAUGCUUUUCUACUGGGUGAACGUUAUUUAUAAAGGAUGUAUUAAGUUUUUACAGAAUGUGCUUUGUCUGAUUGCAACUGAAUAAAUUCUAGUUUGCUGAAA